CAAACGAGCGUGGGCCGCUGCAGCUCUGCCUGGCUCGCGCGGGGCCGUUGGAGCCUCUCCCGGGGCCGGAGAAGGGCUACAGAAUAACGUUCACGUUUUGCUCCAGAUCAUCCCAUCCUCCCAGGGGGAAGGAAAUGGCUGCAAUGGAGCUGGCUCAGGAUCCAGUGACUUUCAAGGAGGUGGCUGUGUAUUUCACUAGGGAGGAAUGGGCUCUUCUGGACCCUGUUCAGAGAGCCCUCUACAGGGAUGUCAUGCAGGAGAACUAUGAGACGGUGACCUUGCUGGUAGGGUUUCCAGUUUCCAAACCUGAUGUGAUCUCGCAGGUGGAACGAGGGGAAGAGCCGUGGGUCCCAGACCUCCAGGGCUCUGAGAAAGAAGUGCUUCCAAGAGCUGCCUGCACAGGUAAUGACCUAUGUCUGGAUUCUCUCUGUCUCUCAUCAGGUGAUGGGAUGGUGAGUCAGAAUGAGGAGGAGAAAUCCCAUAAGGAAGAUGCUAAGCAAGAAGAACCAAAUGGAACGUUAUCAGGAAGAUCCAAAGAGAAUAUUUCCAGGAGUUGUGCACUCCCAGAAAAACCAAAAGCCUGUGAAAUUCAGGGGAGGCCAGAGGGAAACUUUAGUAGCCUCUCAGACCUAGUAACAAGCGAGAGAAUCAACUUGGAAGAGACACGCUACACAUGCCAUGAGUGUGGGAAAAGCUUCAAUCGGAGCUCUACCCUGAACGCACAUCUUAGAAUCCACACAGGAGAGACGCCUUAUAUAGAAUCCACAGAAGAGAGACACCCUGCACAUGUGUUGUGUGGAAAAAGCUUUAGUCAGAGCUCACAUCUUAUCGGACAUCAGAGAAUCCACACAGGAGAGACGUCCUACACAUGCGCUGAGUGUGGGAGAAGCUUUAGUCAGCGCUCAAACCUUAUCACACAUCAGAGAAUCCACAGAUGAGAGACGCCCUACACAUGCUCUCAGUGCGGGAAAAGCUUUAGUCGGCGCUCACACCUUAUCAGACAUCAGAGAAUCCACACAGGAGAGAUGCCUUACAUGUGCACUGAGUGUGGGAAAAACUUCAAUCAGUACUCAAACCUUAUCACACAUCAGAGAAUCCACACAGCAGAGACGCCUUACACGUGCACUGAGUGUGGGAAAAGCUUCAAUCGGAGCUCUACCCUGAACAUACAUCGUAGAAUCCACUCAAGGGAGACGCCAUAGAAUCCACACAAAGGAGAUGCCCUACACAUGCUCUUAGUGCAGAAAAGCUUCAAUCAGUGCUCAAGGUUCAUUAGACAUCAGAAAAUGCACAUAAGAGAGAAUUGUAAUAAAUCCCUUGCCUAGGGUUGG